AUGACUCCUAAGCUCUCAUCUGCGCGCAAACGAGGUAGGCCGUCACUGAACGGCGCCUCAUCAUCACCAGAUUAUCCAACCCAGCGAGCGUUACACGCAGCGCAGCGCAUUCAUCAAGCAUGUGGCAUGUGGCCAACUGAGCUCUGCAAAGGUUUUGUACCUGAGACUUGGGGUAUUCGACUUAUCGAGGGCCUUUCCGCGUUGGUCUCUCUGGUAGUGGCUGCUAAGAACGUGGAGCUCGACGAGGUGCGCCAUAGGUUGAAGGUUUUCGCUACUAGCCACCCACGCUCAGAUCGCCCGCGACUUCGUAAGUCAGAUAUCGCAAAGGUGCGAAAGUGGUUACGCAGGAUGGGAAUUGAUACUAAACAAACACGGCGAUGGAAUGGACGUGCGGAUGAUCAAGUUGAUGAGGAUGAGGCUGCGAACAGUGAAGGAGCCGAGGCAAACUCUGAACCGGUUGAUGAGAUUAUCGCGUUAGGCCCUCGAGAAGAUCUCAGCGAAGAUGAAGAUGAAGAUGAAGAAGAGACUGAAGAAGAUCCCGACUUGACUGUCGAAGAGGAAGAGAGCGCCCCUCAUGAACGAAACCUUUGGUCGCGAAGCAGAGACAUCAGUGAUAUUCAAGAUGAUGAGCCUAUGGAGGACACCAUGGCGGCCAAUCCCAGGUCUGCGCCCGCCAAAACCAAUGGGCAAUCCAGAGGCAGUCCUGUCGCCUCCAGCUCCGGCUCCAACGCAGCCGAGUCAAGCGCUCGCCCUCGGCGCAGCUUUCAACCAUCAUCUCGCUUGGUUCAUGAUACCCCCCAGAGCUCUGUUCGC